AGCACUUUGAGGAAAGAAACAGAAGCUAGACUCUGUGCGUUUGAUUCAGGAGACUCUGCCGGGAGUUCGAGUUCAAGGGCCUGUGGCGAUUAGUACUGUAUUUCUCAGAUGGAGGAAAGGCCGAAUUGAGAGAGCGGGGAACCGAUUCAAUUCGAUGGAGAGACCGCGACGGUUCAGAAGGUUCGGAAGGGGGCGUAGCCAAACUUCCACUCUGCUUCCACUCCGUUCAGCGAGCCACAGCCGUCCCCUUUCCCACACCGUCUCCUGUUGGUACUGUGACUACAAGUUUUCGGCUCUCAACGGCGUCCUCUUUGGUUUCGGCAGGAGAUAUUCCAAGCAAUUGAAGUUGUGGUUCUCAAUCGGUGUCGGAUUCAGCCUCGCCGCUCUCGUCGGAGCUACUCUGCUUCUUGUUUUGGAAUUAGCCGCUUCCCCAAGUAUUCUCCCUGGCACUGCGAGCGCCACCACUUCCUUAUUGUUCGGGUUCUCCCCUCAGGUUCAUGGUCUGAGCCUCUCCAUCGCUAAUGCCGCUUAUUUGUUUUUCGCUACUUUGGUGUCUGUCUCGGUGCACGAAUUGGGCCAUGCCAUUGCUGCAGGAAGUGAGGGCAUCCAGGUAGAAUACAUUGCCGUGUUCAUCGCGCUUCUGUUUCCUGGUGCCUUGGUAGCCUUAAACGAUGAACUGCUAAAUGGCUUGGAGAGGUUCAAUGCUCUUCGUGUAUAUUGUGCUGGCAUUUGGCAUAAUGCUGCGUGUUGUGCAGCUUGUGGAUUUAUGCUGUUUCUGCUGCCGUUGCUCUUAUGCCCCUUCUACUUGCAUGGUGAAAAUCCCAUGGUUCUGCAUGUACCCUCCACAUCUCCUUUGUCUGGCUAUUUGUCUCCCGGAGAUUUGAUCGUGUCACUGGAUGGCAAACACGUCCACGAUGAACAUGAGUGGAAGGAGUUGUCUGCUUUAAUACAAGACCGUACGUUCAAACUUUCAAAUUGGCCCAAAAGUACACAAGAUUAUGCAGCCUCUCAAGUUCAAAAGGGUUACUGCGUUCCUACAUCUGUGAUGGAUGCCAACACGACCAUUCACUUGGUAGACCUUCAGUCUGCGUGUCCUGAUGGUUUUGCUGAAUUCAGGCCUUCUGAGUGCUCCGAAUCAAGCAAAUUACACGAGAGGUUAUUGCAAGCUGAAGCUGCAGAUAGAGCACUGGAACGGUACUGUUUGACUGCUAGAGAUGUUGUGAUGCUUAAUAAAUGCGGAAAUGGUUGGCUGGGAGAUAUCACUAAUGGAAGCAGCUGCUUGUGUUCAGAGGGUGAGUGGUGCUUGAAUCCUGUUCAGCAGCAAGGGCUAGCAUGGGCCGAGAUCACUUAUGCAAGCCCUCAUUCUCCAGAAUGCUUGCAGCUUCAAAGAGAUCCAUCUGCAAAUUCUGAAACCGUAGACUCCAACUGUGGUGGGACUUUUAUUUUUGUAGGUGAUCUGAUGGCCAUGGCACAGUCAAUCCAAUUAACGUCAUAUCAACCUCGAUUUCUAUUCCCAUUCGCUGCUUAUCUUCCGAGCUUUCUGGAGAAGGCCACAGUAUGGGUGUUCUAUGUUUCUCUUGCACUGGCUCUCCUCAACAGUUUGCCGGUAUUUUAUCUUGACGGGGAGUCAAUUUUAGAGCUAGCUCUGAGCUACUUCACCUGGCUGCGCCCGAGUAAGAAAGCUAGAGCUCUCAAAGCAUGUCUAGUUGGUGGCACGCUCAUUUCUUUGCUGACCUUCAUGAAGGUGUUAGCUAAUCUAUACGUCAUUUCUUCAGUGGAAGGGUACUAAACUACUAAUGCAAGCAAAAGCCAGGAAAUGUUCUUUUGAUACAAGUAGCUUAUUAUAUAGUGGCGGCCCACUUGAUUACCAAUUCCUUUGCAGUUAGGCUUAUUCCCUAAAUAUGGGCCUUUUGCAGUCUGGGCCUCUCUAUGCUCACGGUUGACAGAUUUAGGGCCAACUGUCCUUUGCAGUGAAGCCUGUUCCCUCUUUUGGACGUACGCAGUCUGGGAGUCCAUGGCAAUCUUAGCCUCUAUGUUGGCUGUUGAAAGAUUUUGGGCCCCUUUGUGGAGCAUUUGCUUCCUCUGCAGUAAAGCCUGUUCCCAAAAGAUGGGCCUUUGCAGUCUAAGCCGACUGUGGAAAACAAAAUCAGCUUAAAAAAAGAAGACAUUGAUAAAAAUCAAUCAAGCAAAAUUAGUUAAUGUGAGAGCAUCUAAACGUAUCUGAAAACUCGAUCUUUGUUUGCCAACCAU